AUGGAUUUUUCAGAAAUCCACGAAGUGUGUAAUUUUUUGUCAGUAGUUAAACUAAAAUUUGUUUAUUUUAGAAAAGACAAUUCCAAGGCUGCUGAUGGAGAAGCGAAAGGGCCAGCUGCCAAAAAGUCAAAAAAGGCCGAAGAUGACUUGGAAGAUCUUGACGAGGAAAAUCUGUUGAAAAGUGAUGAUGAAGGUGACAGUGCAAACAAUGUUGAUUUGGAUGCUGUGAGCAUACAUGGUGAUGAUGAGUUGGACGAAAUUGACAAAGAAAUCAAAGGGCUUUCUGAAGGUGCAGCUGAGAACAGCAAGAAGACACCACAAAAAGCUGAAGAGAAAAAGGAACCUAACGCUGCCUCCAGUAAAAAGGAAGAGAAAAAUGAUAGUGACAGUGAAGAUGAAGGAAAAAAGGAGAGACAACGUUUCAAGUCUGAGCGGCCAAAAGAACAACAGAAGUUUGAGAAACAGGAACAAAAGAGAGACUUCAAAAAACAUGACGACAGAAACUGGAACAGGAGAGAUGCAGGAAGGGGUCGUGGUAGAGGAGGACCAAUGAUGGGACCACCACCACCAGGAAUGAUUCGACCAGGAAUGCAUCCCCCUUUUCCUCCAAGAGGACCAGAUCCCUUCAUGCAUGGCCCAAGACCUGGAAUGGGACCUGGACCUGGUCCGGGGAUGGAUCAUGGCCCUGGAUUUGGUCCCAGACCACGCUUUCCACCAGGACCCAAUGGACCGCUUCCUGGCCCAAUGCCUGGACCACCAGAUGGACCAUUCCUCCCACCAAGGCCACCACAGGGAAAGAAUAUUCACAUCAACCCACACUUCAGACCUCCUCCAGGAGGAAGAGGAAUGCCAGAGGGUCCACCUCCCAUGCGAGGGCCACAUCCAGGUCCUCCAAGACCCGAAAUGCCAGGACCUCCUAUGCCAGUUUCCCAGGCCGGUCCCAUGCGCCCCGAGGGUGCUUUUCCGCCAGGCCCUGGAGGAGAUUUUGGUCCUCGAGGACCACCUCCAGUCAGAGGUCCUCAUAUGGGUCCAGAACAGGGACCCAGGCCUGGAAUGGGACCUGAACCAGGCCCAAGACCUAUGGGCCCAGGUGGUCCCAGUCCUGUGCCAGGCCCUGGGCAAGGUCCUGGACAAGGACAUGGUCCAAGAUCUGGGCCUGGCCACUUUCCAGAAAAUGAAAUGAGGCCACCCCAUGGUGGAAUGGGUCCAGGUGUCAAUGCAAUGUCACAACCUAGGGGGCCUCCUCCGGGGGCACCAAGCAUGAUUCCACCUCGUGGUCCAUUACCUGGUCGUGCCCCAACACCAGGGGGACCAGGUGCAGGACCUCCCAGUAGUGGACCAGGGGUACCUAGCCCCUUACCAGGGCAGCAGCACCCAGCCAUGCCACCUAGGAGACCUUCACCUGGGAUGCCUCCAACAGCAGUACCUCCUGGAGGCCCAAUGCAUCCAGGUGCCAUGCAGCCUGGAAUGCGACCACCAGUAAUGAACCAACAUCCAGAGGUUCCCAUGUCUGAACCUGAUCGAAUUGUCAUUGGUAAUCGUGUGACAGUUUCUAAUAUGGAAGCCGCUAAUUCAGCAAUGCGAGCUGGAAUGCCUCCACCAGGGUACAAUGCAGCUGGAGCAGCUGCAGCGAUGGCUGCAGCACAAGGUGCUGGAUUAGCUGCUGCAGCAGUUGCUGCAGCAGCAGCAGCUCGGCAGCAGCAGUAUUCUUAUGGCCAGCAGUAUCCAUAUGAUUAUGCUGCUAUGUACGGAGCAGAGUGGCAGCAAUUGAUGCAACAACAAAGGGAAGCUUAUGCUGCUACAUAUGGUCUGGAUAAACACCCAAAGAGUCACAAAUCAAAGAAGCGUCGACGUUACAGUGCCGACAGUGCAGAGAGUGACUUCAGCAGUGCCUCGAGGUCACCAUCAAGAUCAGCAUCACGCUCCUACUCAAGAUCACCUGGGAGGUCUUGGACUCGUUCACGCUCCUUAUCAUUAUCACGGUCACGAUCCAGGUCUUCUUCCAGGUCAAGAUCGUUUUCAAGAUCUGUAUCGCCACGUACUCCUCAGCCAAGGUCACCCGUUCGUGCUGCUAAGCCAGUUCCCAAUCCAAGACGAAUGGAUGCCCGCAGGGAACGUGACAAGGAAAGACCUGCAGACAGAUCUCGUGAAAGAGAAAGGACAAGAGAACGACCAGACAGAAACAGAGAAGCCUACAGGAACCGUGAGAGGAACGAAAGAGAAAAACCUAGAGAGAGAGAACCACGUGAACAAAGGGACUCCCGUGAAACACGUCAUGACAGACCAAGAGAGAGAGACAGAGAUAGAGACAGAGGGGACCGGGACAAAGCAAAAGAGAGGGAACGAGACCGAACAAGGGACAGAGAGAAGCCAAAGGAAGGUCAUAGAAGAAGUCGAAGCAGAGAUCGAUCAUCUCACAGACGGGAAAGCAGGGAGUCACGACAUUCUGAAAAUAGUUCCUCCAAGCGCAUUGUGGUUGGUCCUUCUGAAAGUAAGAGUAAGACAACUAGUUCCACGCCUGACUCAAAAGCAAACCGUGUUGUGGUAACCAAGGCAUCAAGCAGUGGCAAGCCUUCAAACCGCGUUGUGAUUGGUUCCUUACCUGAGGCGAUAACACCAAGCAGACUGAAGGAACUGCUACAGGGAAUUGGUCCAAUUCAGCAACUGAAAAUGUCUACAACAAAGCACAAGGCAUUGGUGACUUUUGAGAAGAAUGAGCAUGCCCUGGCUUGUCGCCGAAAAUUUCAUAGGACCGUGGUUGAUGAUAGCCAAGUUACUGUCGACUUCCUGUGAUUUUUAAAAUCUUAAUUUGAGACAAGGCUUUACAUUUUGUGGUCUGCUUGUUUGUUUGUGUCGUUGUACUUGUGACAUUGUACAUCGUUUGUGUUCAUAAAACCUGGCUUUUAGGAUAGUUCUUAAACAUUAACAAAUAUGUGUUGUACUAUAGCUUUAAACAUGUUGAUCUCAACAAUUGUUGUUGCAUAUCUUUGGAUGUGUUUUUUUACUGUCAAAUUAAGAGUACGCAAAUGUUCACUAUUUCAAAGGUAGAUGGUGAAAGCAUGUACAUAUUUGUAGUUCUUUAGUGAUUUAGUGGAAUUUUAUGCAUGUUUCUUUAAAUCAGGAGUGUGUAGUUAAACUAGACCAUUCAUUAAGAGGAACCAGAGACAAGCGUCAACCAAGAACAAACUUUAACAAAAGCAUGCUGUUUGCUAAACUGACAUGUUGCUUUUGAAUAUUGACGUUUUGAGCCACCAUCUGCGUGUGCGACAUCUUCAUCAUUCAAAGCUUUCUGUGGAAACCUUGUGAGCACCUAAUGCAGUACUCCUGCCUGUAAUCAGAACAUACUGUCGGCACUUAUUUUCACAAUUCUUUAUUCCUGGAAUUUGUAUAGUUAGUGAUUAAAACAUAGAUGCUGAGUUUUUGAAUUUUAGUGUCAAGCAAAGUUACGAGAUUUAACUUAAGAAAUAACUGUGAACACAGCAUUUUGCUGAAAAAGACAUCCAUUAGAUCAAAGACAUCAAUUCAAGGUAAUUUAUUUGGGUCUACAGAACUAUAAAAUGUUUCAAUGUUGUUACUUUUAAAAAUUAAUAUUAAGAACUUACUCACUCAUCAUAAGAAGGUUUGUUUUAGACAUACACACCCAAAGUUUCAAGUUAAAGUUAGUUGUCGUACUAAAAUACAUUUCCAGGUUUAUCUUGAAAUAGAAUCGUCCGGAGGUAAAAAUAGUUAACCCAGCUUGGUCAGUUACUCUUUCUAGUGGGCUAACACCCAAGAUUUCUUGGCACAUGGUUCAUUUGUCUGUUCUAAAUGAUCACUGUUUUGUUAGAAAAAAGUAAUUUAAUCAUGUGGCACAAACACUUGUGCCAUGUGUUGAAAAUUUAAGUUGCUGAGUUUCUCUUUGAAGUAGACAGGUGAUAUGAGUAGCUAGCUAUGUGAUAAAAUUUUACAUUGCAAUCUCCAGUUAUGUUCCAGAACUAUUUGAGAAUUUCUAUUUCAAAACCACCAUAAAAUUCUUCCUUAGAGUCAAAACACAUUUAGUUAUGGACGAACUGUGACCCUUUUAUAAGGUUAGUCAGGCCAUUGAGGGUUUUUUCAUGAAAUGUGGUAUUCAGGUACAGUAAAGCUGUGUCAAGGAGAAUUUGAAUUUUGAAUUAAUCAAUCAAUUAACAAAACUCUCGAGUUCCUGUUUCUGAAGACACUUUAUAGAGCACUUUUCACUUGACCAUGAAGACCUACUUCAUUUAGUGCUUAAUGACUACCGAGACGAACUGAUUAUAAAUGCUAACCAAUCAGAGCCCAGAAGCUGUUUUGACAGGCAAUCAGUACUAAGCAAGACUAAGACCACUCUGAAUUAUUUCUGAAGGUUCUUAUUGGUUAUGGUUGGCCACAUGACCACUUAAGCUUGACAGGUCAUUGGAAAAUUGCUCUAUAAACAUACUUGAAUCCUGUAAGUGACGUGCUUGAGACUACAACAAGUGUUCUGUUAGGUGAGGUGAUGCUUAUGGAAGGUUUAAAAGACAGUGUAGUGUGUGGUUGAAAACUACAUGUAGACUUUGUGUCGGUUUACAGGAGGUGUCACAUAGCACAUGUGACUGUACCUGAAUCAAAGUUUUAAAAUUUGACUUUAACAUUUUGUUACAGUGUUGUAUAUUGACACUGUACUCCUAACAAAUGGUUCUCCAAAGGGCAAACUGAAUGGACUAGAUCUUUGAGAAUAGCUGAGCUUCAGUCAUUGUAGCACACAAGUAAUGAUUAUGCAACCAAAGCAAUCAUACACAUUUCAGAUUGUACUGGUUACCUGUAUAUAAUUCAACUAUGGUUUAAAGGAACCUAAAACCUUUUGGAAUAAAGAUAUGAAUGGAUAUAACAAUAAAUUUCUUUUCUAUAAUGGCAAAACUUGGCAAACAAAGCCUCCAAUCACAGUUUAAUGCUGACAGUUUAGUGUAAUAUUGAUUGUUUCUCCUCUGAUGAGACAGUUUUGAAAAUUCUGAAGUUUUGGUGCUCUGAUUUAUGAAGGCAAGAAAGAUUUCCAUUCACACAGUCUUCUAAUGUGUAGAAAUGAAUGGUUUGAACAGCCAGGUUUUAUGUUGUGUUUUGUUGUACAGUAUUGUGUUGUGUUUAUCUUCUGCAUACCACUCAACAUUUCUAUAAAGUGGGUUUCACACAUUAAGGCACGCUUGCACUAACGGAAGAGCUUUUCAAGUUAUACACAUGUACCUAGCUGGGUUCCAAGAACAUUUACUUAAGAAAGCAUCCCUGAAAACAUUGUGAAAUACCAAGAGAUGUCCUUUGAACAUGACGCUAAUCUCAUGGUUCCAUGGAAUGUGAGAACUGGACACUUCACACGUGAAAAGCAUGAAUUGGGAAAUGGGACUGGUUCACUUCAAGGACUCUACAACUUGGACCAUGUACAGAGAAACAGGUUUUUACAAGUAUUUGAUAAGUAAUUAACAUUAUUACAGUGUGGUCCAUAUCUUAUGUCAAGGCUGCUUGUGAAAAAAUGGAACUUAAAGUUUGUGUAGAAAGAUAAAAGGAUUAGAUUAAAGAAAACAAGGAAGGUUUAUGGCCCCUACAACUUUGAUUUGGUGUGGCAUUCUUUCACUGAUAAACAGUCUGGUGUCAUCGGCAGUUAACAUAAUUGUAACCUUUAGAUUACAAUACUCAAUGAUAAUUGAGGCAUAAACCUUCUUACUCCCUCCAAAAGGCCAACAUGGUUCAAUUUUUAGAAGUAAAUCAAUGCUUCAGCUGUUACAUGUAAUUUAAAAUUAGAGUUAUGUAUUUAAUGGCGUUGUAGCCAUACGUUUGCAGGGUACCGCCAAAAAAACAUAUGACCAAUAUCGUUGAGAUAUUGUUUUUUCCUGGGUAGUAAUUUUAUCACUUUUAUUAGUUUUUUUUCUUGUUGAGCAACAUUUGGCCACUGAAAUUCAUUUUCUUGGUCAAAAGAUAUCAAAUAUCUUAAAUUUAUUUCAACCUAUCUUCCUCUGAUCUGGUCAUGAAAUAUAUCAUCAUAAAUGCAUUAAAAUUUAAUGGCACAAUGAGAAGAGAUGGUAACAUUUUAAUCAUUAAACUGCAAAUAGCAGUACAAAGUAGUUCAUGAAAAUUAUAGUAGGGGCUUAACUGGCUUAUACUGAUGCCUUGGCGCUUUGUUUUUAUUAGAUGUAAGAUAACUCUUAAAACGUUUUUUGGUGUUAAUUCAGUUCUUCAGCACUCAUUGCAUUUCUUUUGCAGCCUUGACAAUAUCCUAGAAAACUCAGUCUUAUGUUGGGCUGUCUGUGCUACUUGAAUGUUUUGUUCGCUGUGCAAAACAAGUUCAAAACAUAGCUUUGUUUUCUAGGAUAUUACGUUUUUAUAGCUUUAACGUUUUGCAAUUUUCGAUCAUAGCUACCUAUGAGAUUCAAUUCUCUUCUUAAAAAGAAGAAACACGAUCUUCUUACAUUUAUAAUUAGAGAAUCUUUUUAUAAUGAAGCCUCUUAACUGAGCACCAGAAACAAUUCUUUUAACAGGUGCAAUGUAAUGUAUAGUAGUGGUUGUUUACUUUCAUUCAAGGUCGUAAAUUUUGUGUCAUUUCCUCUAGCAAUGAAGCCAAAACUGUCCUUAACAAUAUUAUGUUUUUAUGGUUUUUGUUGUUCGUAUUUAAAUUAUUGAAUGAAUUUGUACUUCAAUCAAUCUAAUGUAUGAGGGUUAGCGUUUGGUUUGGUUCAGCGAGGGUAAGAACACUUUCAAUGCAUUCACCUCAUAACCAUUCAUUUAUUCAUAUUCAUACUUCUAUAAUUCAUACCUUGAAGAUUUCUACCUUGAUAUAUUUCCUAAUAUAUAUUGGCGCCAAAAUUUUUAUACAGAAUAUUUAAGCAAUGGGCACUUUCAAUAUAUUUGCGCCAUAAAUGUACAUGCAUUCAUAUUUGUACUUUCAUAUACCCUGAAAUUUCUACCUUGAUAAAUGUUAUAUUAUUUAUUUGCACCAAAAUAUUUAUAUUGAAUAUUUAUAUAUCUGUUUAACAAGUUUCAUUAAUUAACCCUAUUACAAAUAUUUUGAUAGUAUAAAUUGCUCAAAAUAGUUAAAACGUUCUUUAAUAGCAGCUGUUUUCCAUGUAGUUUUUGUAUUUAUAGAGGUUUUGUGUACAUAAUGGAAUUUUGUCAGCUGAUGGUUUGGUAAUAACGAAAUAUUGGGAAUGGUAUUUUCGGCACCAUCUGUUGUUUCAGACAAAAGUAAACUUACAGUUCUAUAUCAGAAUUGUUUAACGGGGGAGAAUAUUCUGCUACCUUUUUUGUGUGGGAGUUCCGUUUCGAGGCUCGAGGCCGCUUCUUUGAUUCCUUAAAUUGGAAUCAACUUGCUUUCCCUCUGCAUUAUUUUCAUGUAUAAAAUGACUGCUUCUUUCUAUAAGGUUGGGUAGUUUCUAUGAACUAAAGCUUACCCUCGGUUGAUUAAUAAUAACUUAUUCUUGGAAACUAUUUUCUUGGGAAAUCUUGCUUAUUUUAGGGACUAUGAGUGUUGUCUGUUUUCGAUGUUUUUUUUUUAUAUAUAUAUAAAAAAGAACAUAUUUUUGUAGCUUAAUACACUGUACAGUGGUGUUCAUAUUUGUUGAUACAGUGAACAAUUCGAUAAGAAUAUUCCCUGAGAAAUGUUGUCUAUUGUAUAGACGUAAGAACGUUUGUCUGUAACAGAUAUCGAUAAGGAAUUUCCCUUAUUAUUCAUAGUGAAAUUUAUUAUUGCCUUCGUAAAUAAUUUACACCUGGUAGCAACCUCUGUACAUAUUAAUAUGAAUUCUGGUAAAAAAAAACAUGUUGCAAUAUAUAAACUUCAUUCAAAUCACAGUAUACUAACAUACCUCUACUUUUUUCAGUUAUGGUUAUGUGUUAAACUAUUUAGAUGCUAUCACAGAAUACUUUGCCUUUUGGUAGUUGAGGUUUGAUUAAGUUAACGACCUAAAGGUUAGGAUUCAUACCGUCUUGCUAGGAUGAAUUUAUCGACCGUUAAAGGGUUAAUGAUUCGUUUAGAAUUAGCAGCUAACAUGUAACUUUUUAUUUCUUUCAAAGCAUUUACCCAAUGUCUAAAUUAUUUGCCUUAAUUGCUGAAGAACUUUACCAAUGAUAUUAGCAAACUCGAAUGCCGUGUUUUCGAUUCGGAAAAAUAGAUCUCCGUUUGCCAAGUCAGUAAUUGGUUAAAUCGUUUAGCGAUGACAUCAACUGAAAUAUUUUCAAGCGAUGCAAAAACUUAAUAAUAAUGAUGAUAUGACAAAUCCUGGUUAUAGUAUAGCUUUAAGAUGGUUGUCUUUUACGUUACUUUUUAGAGAAGUAAGCAUUAAUUUAAUGAAUUACUAACUUUUUACCUUUUAGCAGAAAGGGUGUGAAAAUUUCGAAACACAAUUCUAUUUUGUCAACUGUUAGCAUCUCGAAGCCUCUGUUUUAAUUGUAACUUACUUUAAGUCAAAUGUGGGUUGGUGGAAGUGGCUUUGCAGUAAAGCAACUUAAAAUGAUUAUCCUUUUCGAGUCAAUUUUAUUACCUUUAUUGCAUAACUUUGGGGAAUAUCUGCAUUUUAAAACUACUGACUAGUCAACCUCCACUAUUGAAGUACAUUCUUAUCCGAGCACUUCUUCAGUAUUUGAAAAACUACUUUCGUAUCUGCUGUCAGUUUAUUAUCAUAUCAAGAUUUGGCCUGACCUAGUAUGCUUAAUGCAUUUAUGCAUAAACCCACAAGAAAAACUACUUCGUCUUUCUUACCUUGAGGACUGACACUCGAAACGUCAGUUUUAAACCUAAAAUGACAGUAUGUUUACUCAAUGAUACCGAAGUUAAUAGCAACGUCAGGGAUUUCUACCUUAAGAAACUUUGCAUCUGUCGCUAAUUUGAUAUGCUAGUAUUGCCAGCAUAUUUGUAAUACAAGCUUCAUGGGAACAAGCGACAAAAGUCGGCUAUACAACGGGCACAGGUUGAAUAAGGUUCCUUGUACGAAAACACUUUUGAGGACAGAAAGGGAGAGGUGGGGGGGUGGGUGGGGGGAGGUUACUUUAUACUUAAAUCUCUUGGAAAUAAAAAUAUAUUUAGCUGAAGUGUCACGUUGUGUUUGCGUCUAGUAGAGUGUAUCAGCUUUAAGCACUCGUAAGAAUAGGAACUUCAUCAGGGUGUUGCUUUAAAUCGAUGUACGAAAUUGGAAUGCGUUGACUACUUUAAAAAUGCAUUUAUCCCAGCUUGAAAAUUUGUGGAGUGGGCUGUUUUCGUGCCAGAUUGAAUCCUUAUUUUUCCGGAUAGUAAAUAGUUUAAAAGGAGUGCAAGAAUUAAACGCAAGUUUUGGUUUUAUUGUAAUAAAAAUCUCAAUAAUUGAUAUUUAACUCCUAGGUAACACCGCAAAUUGCUAGCCCAAAAGAAAUUAACAAACGUCUACUUGUUUCGGAAUUACGUCAAAGCUAGAAAGUGCCUGAUAACAUCAGAAGAAAAUCACAGCCAUCAAAGAAUAAGGGCCAAAAUGUUUUGGUGGGAAGUGCAUCACAAAAAUCAGUAGAGACUAAAAUUCAUAGCAAUGUAGCUAUUGACUUUGAACCUUUUAAGAAAUUGGGUACAAAUAACGGUCAGGUUGCCCAACUUUUACAGACUUGUCAUUGGCCAUUUCGGUUAUUACAUUUUUUUUUUUGGUUCAGGCCACUCUAGAAUUUGUGCAAGGUAAUACAAAAUGAAAUUAGUUUUCCCUCGCAGAAAUUACUUCGAGUGUUAACAGUAAACUCGAGUUGCGAAUGGUCAUUGUUCUAUUUGAUUACGCAAUCCGUGAAGUUCACGUUUCCAACACCUCGCAUAAAUUUGUCCCUCGCCCGAUAAUCCCUAGUCUAGAGAUGAGAGGAAUUUAUCAACAAGCAAAAAAAAACCAGUUCUAAGCGAUAUUACACGCCUGGCGCCGUAGAACGUUUUCUUAGAACAAGAUACGAACUUUCCUUCACGAGACCGCCCAAGGAACCUUUGGUCUUCAAUACCUGACCUUUCUGCAACAUUCCAGCAAUUCGCGCUCCUCUAACACUAAUCGACAUUUGUAGUUUGGGACUGUAGAAACAAGCGCUGAAGGAAAGCAUUCGGCAUGCCCUGUGGAGUAGACAUAUGUUUCCACAAAGCAAGUUGUAAGCUGAGCGACAUGGAAGGAAACGUAAUGGAGCUCAGUUACGUUAUUUUGAGCUAUUUUUACCGCGUCCAGAAUUUCCUUGAAAUUGAAGGAAAACUGAAAAUAGUAAUUUACUAAGAUGGACAAACACCAAGGGGAUAAUAAACCAUAAAGGAACAAAGAUGGUUAAGGAUGGAGAAGAUUGACACGGGUUACAAACGACGAACUUGAUAACUUUAGGCUAAGCUUUUCAGGAUAUGCAAAACAUGACGUAGCAGCUCCUUUAAGCCAACAGUUUGUCAUGGUAUCAAAAGUGGCGGUAUUUGCGAGGAAUAAGUGUUGAACGAGGAUGGUUCAAGCACGAGGGUAACGUGAGGCUGAUCUAAAAUUUUGUUUCUAACAGACCUCUAUCCUGAAGAAAUCAAACUGCGCAACAUGUUUCAGGGCAAAGACUUCGCCGCGAAUACCGACUCUACAUGUAAGAAGUGUUUCUAGUAAAUUUUCCUCGAUUUUUUUAAAGUUCUAUCUGGACAAUUCUGCUCGAUAUAAUUGUGACGACGCAAAUAUCGUAUCCCAUUUUCACUCUUAGAUUUUUCCACGAAUUGAAUCUCAGCAAGUCAUAGUGUUUGGCCAACACAACUUUUUGCGGAGACAACUGUCAUGGAAACCGAAUUUGAGAAUUUUAACGAAAGCUGUAACACUUGAGAAUUGCGAAAUUCAGUGUGUAUUGCUAAGCACUGGAGAUUUAGUGGCAGUUUUAAAUGAUUACUCGAAGGUAUGAAACCUUCCAGGGCAGGAAACGUUGAUUCAACUGGUUACUAUCAGUAAGGUAUAUUCGUGUUAUCAUGAAGAAGUCUUUGGUCCCAUGGCCCGCCUGGGGGACUGAAAGAAACUAAACCUGAUAAAAGUCAGUCAGGCCGUACCUGACUAAAUGUUGGAUAAAAUCAAGUGUAUUCUAUACUGACAGUCGGCCUCUCCGGAUUAAUUCUCUACAGCUUGCAGGCUAGAUCCAAGAUUCGUUAUCUUUGUACUGUCCGUCAUCUUAUGUGGUCUUCGUUAUUGCUGUUUAAGAGGAACACGGUGCUGAACAUUUGUUUCAAGCUGUAUAGAUGCUAUGCACAAAUUUUGCUCGUUUCCUGAAACUUACAUAAUAGCCAACCAAAAAUAUACUCGACCAAUGCUUUCCUUACUUUACUAUACUCCGUUUUCCCUUAUUAUCGACCUUUGUCAUUUCCACGCUCUUCAAAACUUCCUAAGUAGCUAAUAAGUACAGUGCAAUACAAUAACUUUAUUUAUAUAGUGAGUAUAUAGAAAGCUCUGUAUCGCUUUACAGUCAUGAAAGUAAAACUAAAUAUAAUAAUUUAAACUAAAUUAAGUAUAAAUUCUAAGAUAGAAAUAAUUAUCGAUAAGCAAUUCUGAAAAGAUGAGUUUUAAACGCGAGUUAAACACGGCGACCGAUGGACUUCACUUAGUUUCAAGAGGCAGAUCAUUCCAUAGUUCGGGGGCGGUAACUGAGAAGGCUCUGUCUCCUUAAGUUUUUAGACGUACCUUAGGAACGUCCAAACGCUUCCAAACUUCCAAACGAUCUUUCCGUGAAACUCUAGUCCAAGUAAUAUUAAAAAAAAAAACACUUUUGGAAUUCAUUCACACCAACUACACGUAAGAAGUUAGGAAUACAACCCUUUCCUGGUAGAAUCAGAUUCAGAAUUGGAUGUAAAAUCUGCAAAAUUUCUGGGUGGCAAAAGGACUAGUGAGCUAUACAUUCGGUGGAAAAUUUUGAGUUUUGAACCCGCGUCGCACAAAAAGUAUUCAAUACAUCGUGCUCAAAUUGCUUGGGAAAGGUGACCUUGCUAUACCCUUUCAAUAUUCAGAACCGAGAUUUUUGUAGCUUAUACCGGAACGAGGCAGAUAUUGUAAACAAUUAUUUCCCUAUGUGGUACACAAGUUUAUGAACCCAUUGUAAACACUGUGUUAUAAAGGGGAAAAUUGUGAGCCAUAUCACAACUCAGGAAAGGAAUAACUUGCAAACUGUAUGAGGUGAAUUAAGAUCUGAUGUAAUCAACUUCACCUUUUAAGGGACAUGAAAUCCCCCGGAUUUUAAUGAAGAGAAGCGUAAAAGUUUAGCUCGUUUUCCAGCCGCUGUUCGAAAAAGGAGCCCGCGGGGAGGAAGGUGGACCAGUCAAGAGAGACCUACAGAAAUCGAGCUUACGCGAAGUUCCCCUAGUUGGAGAGAAAAAAGCUUGUCACUCCCGAGCUGGCGGCAGAGAGGAAAGAGCAAAGAGGAAUACCCGCAACAACUUUACACGAGGCGCAAUUUAUCUGCCAGAACUGCAGUCGUUCCUUGUGAAUUAAAAAUCGGGCUAUGUAGCCACGGCAAACGCUGCAUGUAACCAACUAAUCCAUGAAGCUUAUCCGACAGAUGCCUUCUUCUACCUGCUGAGGCCACUAACAUUUUACGGCUUCCACAAUGAUCCCGUAUCAAUCGAUUUCCCAAGUCAUUGCAAAAAUAGAAACCGUGAGAAGAAAGUUUUAACUGAGUCAAUCUAUAACUGAUUUGUAGACUUUAUUGAAAUGGUUGCAUAACUGAUUUGCAGACUUUCAUGAAAUGGUUAUUCGUGGUGGAUGAGGGGAGGGUGUUUGAUGGGCAGGUCUGUCUAAGACCAUGUCUGACACUAAAGUCAAGUGCCUUGCCUAUAUAUUGACUUUAUCAUAGGUCUUCAAAGAAGUUAAAGGUCGUUUAGACCCAUGAGUACAAACCGGUUUACACUUAUGUAAUUACAAGUAAUAGUUAUUGUGAAACGAAACGCGUAUUUUGGUCUGGUUUGGUUAUAGAGUAAUUCUGAAUACUGGA